AAGCAAUCCUAAAAAAUGAGAUUCUUCUGUUGAAAGAGAGUUGAGACGAAUGUAAACGAAGAACAAAAACAGAUUUUAAAACAAUCAGAUUAACUUGAAGAAUAAUUGUGAAUUAAUUAUCAAAAUGAUACUUUUAAACAUCUUCAGUCUUAUUCUUCUAUCAGCCAGAAUUUCUGAAGGAUGCAUGAUCAAACUACUCCCUGAAGGUAUUCAGCGAUCCCUAGAAACAAUAAAAACCGAUGUUCUUCCUGAUAUUCAGUACCUGGAUCAUGCACAAGAUAGAACGAUGGAGUUGAGGGAGCUCAGUCAAGUUGAAUUAAAUGCCGAGGCUAGCUGGUUAGCAGCAAUCAAGAAGAAUAUUGCUCUCCAAUCCUUGUACUCUAAUGUUAUAAAGGAGCUCCUGAACUCGGUAACAAGGUCGGCUGGUUGGAUGCUCUUUGGUCUGGUUCUGUACGGUGAUAUUGGAGCAUUUAAUCAAGUGAAGCGAAGACGACGUGAAGUGAAACCCGCUCAGGGUCCCAGAAUAGCUGAUAGGGUUGCAGACAUAGUUCUUCGCAACUUGGAAAAGUAUAACCGAACCUGAAUAACCUAUAUCCACAUCAUAUUAGGAGUUUUCAAAGGAGUUAAGUCUUUGCAACAAACUAAACUUUUCUACUCUCUUUACAUUCGCAUUCCCAUGCCGUGAACCUUAAAUAUUUAUUAAUUCUGUUGUAUCAAAUAAUUCAAAUUUUAAAUAUCAGUGGUUUACAGAAACAGAUUGUAAUUACGGGGAUUAGAAAAUUUAAGUUUGUUGCAAAGACUUUUUUCUCUUUACUUUACUCGAAGAACCCUACAUUUUGGCUUGAAAAUUUAAUAUAUCUAUUGAAAGUGAAAAACUAUAAAAAAAAUCUAGUUUGUUUAACCAGA